AUGGCUAUUGAUAAAGCACUCUGUGACCUGGGAGCAAGUAUUAAUCUAAUGCCUCUUGCCAUGAUGACGAAAUUGAUGAUAGAAGAGGUUAAGCCCACAAGAAUGUCAUUACAACUUACUGACAGAUCUUUCAAGAUACCAAAUGGAGUAGUGGAGAACCUAUUAGUAAAAGUUGGAAAUUUCAUAUUCCCAGCUGAUUUUGUGAUCUUAGACAUAGAUAAGCAAGGGAAUAACUCAAUCAUCCUUGCAAGACCUUUUCUGGCCACUGCUAGAGCAAUCAUUGAUGUUGAGAAAGGAGAGAUAGUUCUUAGGGUGCAUGAGGAGCAAAUGGUUAUCAAUAUUUUCAAGGCAAUGCAGUAUCCUGCUGAGAAAGAAAAUUGUAUGAGAAUUGACAUGGUGGAUACUCUGGUUGAAGAAGCACUUGAAGUAGACCAACAUGAAGACCAUGAGGAAGCUCAAGAAAUACAAGAGGAAGAUUCAAAAGAGACACAGUCAUUGGAAAAUUCAAGUGGAGUUAAGGAAGAAGGAGCACCAAAGGAAGAGUUGAAACCUCUCCCUCCUCACCUCAAGUAG